AUGGUUCGAAAGGAUCCCAUCUUUGAAGCCCGUACUAACGUGAAAUUACACUCCAACCGACUUAAGAAAGAAGCAGCCCGUGCCGAAUCUACCUUCAAGUCCGAAAAAGCCAAGGCCGACAAGGCCAUGAAGAAUCGCGAAUUCCAGAUUGCUCGCAUCCAUGCUUCUUCGGCCGUACGUGAAAAGCGAAGGCAGGUGACGCUCAAGGCGGAAGCGGCUCGUGCAGAUGUCAUUAUCAACGAACUGAAGGCCGCGCAGAGCACUCGGGACACAUCACGUACUCUUGCGCUGGCAUCGCGAGGCUUAGAUGCGGCGUCCAAGAGUGUCAACCUGGAGAAUUUGGUAUCUCAUGCCAAUAACUUCCUGGCGCGCUCGGAGGACUUCAAAAUCGCCAGCGGUGCGAUCGAAGACGUUGCGCAGGGUGUUUCCAUGCAAGAAUACGGGGCGGAAGGGGAGGCGGAUGUGGACCGCCUCAUGGAGCAACUUGCUGACGAUGCGGGUGUGGAUAUGCGCAUGGCCCUAGAGGCCGACACAGCACCCAAGGAGGAAGUUAAGGAUCAGAAACAGGCCGAUAGCGAACUUGAAGAUGGUCUAGGAGCACGGCUCCGGGCUCUAAGAGCUGCUAACUGA